GUAUUAAAAGUCGAGACUUUAAAGCUGAAAUUCAAUCACAAGUCAUCAAAACCUUCUUUUCUUGGUUCUUCCUUCACGUUCUCUGAAAAUUUGGAGAUAUGACAGAGAACAUGGGGCAGAGAAGCAGACCCAGAUUUGAUGUGAGUGAAGGUGCUGUUUUUGAAGAAGCAGAUCCACCACAACUCCAAACCCAAGCCACUCGUUCUAAAUCUGCAAUUUCUUCUUUUUUUCACUCCACAAAUAAUGGCAACGCCCCGAAGAAGAAGCUCAAUAGCUUCACUCAGUCUACAUUCAGGGGGUUUGGAUGCACGGCGGCUGCAUCUCAGCAGGUUUCUCUGCCUGCUGUGAUUAGAAGUUCGGCUGAUUGGGAUGGGAAGAAAGUGAAGAAAAAGAAACAAAAUAAUGGAAACAAAAAUUCUAGUAAUAGUAGUAAUAAUAAUGUUUUCACUGUUGGAAGAUACAGCAACAAGGGUUCUUCAAGUGGUGGUGGAGGCGGCGAUGACGGUGGCGGCGGUAAUGUUAAUAGUAAUAGCGUUGUUAAUAAUAGCAAUGGUAGUAAUUGUAUGGUUAUACAGGAUGUGUGGUGUGGGCCUGGAAUUGGGUUCUCUGGAGCUGAUGCAGUUGUUGGGUCUGUGGACUGUGUGGUGGCCAGAAGAAACAUUUCUUCUGGAAGAGGAAAGAUUGAUGCUAAUCAGAGAGAAAGAGAAAGAGAAAGAGAAAGAGAAAGAGAAAGGGAGCGAUCUUCUUGUAUAACGAGGCGGACAGUUACUCCUGAGAGUUUACCUUUCCCGGAUUCCGACCCUGAUUUUGGAUUUGGACGCCAGGAACUUGACGUGUUUGGGCCCCGUUACUAUCGUCGUGUUCGAUAUCCUUCCCCUGAUGGGCUUGCUGAGAUAAUGAUGCUUCAAAAUAAUUUGCUGAUGGGGGGAAGACUAGAUUCUCAUGACGAUUUUAGAGACUGGAGACUUGAUGUUGACAACAUGUCAUAUGAGGAAUUGCUCGAAUUGGGUGACAGAAUUGGGUAUGUAAAUACUGGACUGAAAGAAGAUGAGAUGGGACGAUGCCUUCGGAAACUUAAGAACUCUGUUGCAAAUGAUUUGUCAUCUCAUGUGUCGAUCCAUGUUGAUAAGAAAUGCACCAUCUGUCAGGAAGAAUACGAAGAAGAUGAAGAAGAUGACGAGAUGGGCAAGCUAGACUGUGGACACAGCUUUCACAUUCAAUGUAUAAAGCAAUGGCUUGCACAGAAAAAUGCCUGCCCGGUCUGCAAGACUGCAGUUGUGUCGAGAUGCUAGAACAAUUCGACUCUUCGCAUCUCAAGACCGCAUGCAGGUCGUUCUCAAAUGACUGGGUUUAGCUUACAUCUCUCUAUUUGUUGUAUAGAUCUUUGUUUCCAAUACAUAAACAAGAAUUCAUUCUUUGGUGUGAAGAAGCCUCAACCUCUGGUUGUUUCCCAAUGAUGGGCAGUUUUUAAAUACACGUGAUGUAAUUUUAUAUUGCUAUGGAAUUUACAUUUCUAUCUUAUAUACAA